AUGUCGCACCCCCCACGACGCUCCUCAAUGCUCUCAAUGAGCAGCAGCGUACAAACAGCUACGCCGACGGAAAAGCAACUCGCGCAACAACCACAGAUCCAAACACCAACACAAACGAACCCUGGUCUGCGCGUCCCUUCCAACCGCAAAACAAUAUACGACAGACACCUUAACCGCAGUCGGAAUGCCGAGUCCAGCCGCGCCAGCUUUGCAUUCUUAUUCGGGGAGAUGGUCACGUUAAACGAACAAGGCUACCCGCUCGGCCUUCGUCUCCUCGACCUCCUCUUCUACCGCACAAUGUCCAGCAGCUCCUCCUCCGCCCUAUCCAGCUCCUCAACGUCCGCAUCACCGCCUAAUCGACCGCUUCGCAUCCUACCCCUUCUACAUCUCAUUCACGGACCCCUUUGGCGACUCCUAUUCAACCGUCCUGCGGACGCCCUUGAGCACUCAGUGUCACCAGAUACGCCGAACGAGUACAUGAUUACAGAUAAUGACCCGCUUGUUAAUACGUAUAUCAGUGUACCAAAGGAGAUGAACCAGCUGAACUGUGCCGCGUUUGUCGCGGGGAUCAUUGAGGGUGUUUGUGAUGGAUGUGGGUUUGAGGCGAAGGUUACGGCGCAUAAUCAGCCGACGGAAAUGUGGCCCAGCCGGACUAUCUUCCUAUUACGUUUUGGGGAGAGUGUCAUGGAGCGAGAAAAGGUGUUGGAGCGGGCGGGUGUCAAAUAA